CAAUAGAUGCACUCCUUACGUGCUGUUUCAUUGCCGCGCAAAAUUUCGUCGCUACUUCAGCACACAAUUUUGAAUCUCUGUAUUUUCAAGGAUGCAAGAAGGAGAGUGCAGUAGGAAUAAUAGAAAAAGGCGGAGGAAUAUAAUGAUUACUCGUGGACACACCAUUCGACAGAAUGUUAUCCCUGAAACUUGUACAACGCCUGCACCACAACCUACACAUCAACCACAUGUAACGUCUUCUUCCACCGAUGAAGAUAAGCUUGAUUUUGGUCAUCCUGCUCAUACUUGCCAGUAUUGUGGAGCUAUAUUUUGGUUCGCUGAACGAAUCAAGUCACGCUCUUCUCGAUUUCCAGUGUAUACUCUUUGUUGUAGACUGGGUCGUGUGAAGAUGCCACCACUCAAUGAUCCUCCGCAACCCUUAAAAGAACUUCUUAAUUACAAUGGGGAAGAUCUUCAAGAUUAUUUCGUCAGAACUUGCGCUCAUACAACUCUGUCUUUGCCUUUACCUCCAUGGGUGGAAAAAUUGAUGUGGAUAUCAACAGGGGACAAGGGCCAUAUAUCUUUAAAAUAAAUGGCCAGAAUCAUCAUCUAAUAGGAUCGCUUCUGCCAAUGACAGGUCAAAGACCGCAAUUUGCUCAGCUCUAUGUUUAUGACACAAAUAAUGAAUCGUCUAACAGAAUACAAGCUCUUCAAAACUUUGGUGUAAAUCCUCAGCUGGACAGGGAUGUUGUCUGCCAGUUAAUACAAAUGUUUGACAAUGUUAAUCCCUUGGUGAAGGCUUUUCGAAUGGCAAGGGAUAGGCUUAUAGGUGGAGAAGAGCGUUGUGUCUCAUUAGUAUUAUCAGCAAAACGAAAUACAGAUGGAUUGCAAUACAAUGCCCCUUCUUUUCCUGAGAUGGCAGGUCUGAUAGUAGGGGACAUUGGAAAUACAGAUGUGGGAAGAGACAUAAUUGUUGAGCAUCAAACUGGACGACUAAAGCGUAUAGAUGAUUUGCACCCCAAGUUUAUGGCAAUGCAAUAUCCCAUCUUAUUUCCAUUUGGUGAGGAUGGUUUUAUGUUGAACAUCCCUUAUCAGAACAAUGAAGAAAUUCCUAAAUUGAAGAGGGGACAUGUGACGAGACGAGAGUACUAUUCUUAUAUGUUGCAUCAAAGAAAUUAUGGUAAUGAACUGCUUCUUAAAGGGGGAAAAUUAUUUCAGCAGUACAUAGUGGAUGCUUUUACCUGUAUAGAAGAUGAACGAUUACGAUAUAUUCUGUAUAAACAUCAACAGGAGCAUUACAGGUCUGAGAUAUAUAAGGGAAUCCAAGAUGCAUUUCUCCAGGGUGAUACAGCAGCAAACUCAGUUGGCAAGCGUGUAAUUUUACCCUCAAGUUUUACUGGAAGCCCUCGAUAUAUGAUUCAAAACUACCACGAUGCCAUGGCAAUAUGUAGGACUAUGGGAAACCCUGACUUAUUCAUCACUUUUACAUGUAAUGUUCAAUGGGUUGAAAUACAAAAUGCAUUGAAUCUCAUCCCUGGACAGAAGAUUGAAGACAGGCCUGAUAUAAUCUCCCGAGUAUUUCAUAUGAAGCUUGAUGAGUUUAUGAGUGACAUCAAAAAGGGAAGCUAUUUUGGAAACGUUGUUGCUGCUAUUCACACCGUUGAGUUCCAGAAAAGGGGAUUGCCUCAUGUCCAUGUCAUUAUCUGGCUACAUCCCAAUGACAAAUACCCUAACCCGAACGACAUUGACAGAAUUAUAUGUGCAGAAAUUCCAGAUCAAGCAACUGAACCUGCUUUGUAUAACAUUGUCUCAAAAUUUAUGAUGCAUGGACCUUGCGGUUUUGCUAACCCAAAAGCGCCCUGCAUGAAAAAGGGCAACUGUGUCAAGCAUUUUCCUAGGAAAAUCUAUCCUCACACAUCAAUUGGUGAAGAUGGUUUUGCAAUUUAUCGAAGACGAGAUAAUUGUAAGGUCAUUCUUAAACUCGGCACUGAGCUUGACAAUAGAUACGUUGUCCCAUAUAACAAGGGAUUGCUGCUGAAAUAUGAGGCACAUGUUAAUGUCGAAUGGUGCAAUCGUUCAAGAUCAAUAAAGUAUUUGUUUAAAUAUGUUAACAAAGGACCUGACAGAACACGGGCUGUUUUGCAACAACAUCUUCAGGACACUUCUGCUGAAACUUCUGUUUCUUCAUCUCAGCAGCCCCAAAUUGUGGAUGAGAUAAAAACCUAUCUAGAUUGUAGAUAUUUAACUGCCUAUGAAUCAGCAUGGAGAAUUUUUGAGUACCAUAUUCACUAUAAGUUUCCACCUGUUGAGAACUUAACUAUACAUAUGCCAUUGAUGAACAAUAUAGUUUUCAGAGGAGAUAUAGACAUUAAUGAAGUAUUACAUCAACCAGGAAUCGAGAAGACCAUGUUGACAGAAUGGAUGUUCACAAACUCUAAUUUUGACGAUGCCCGCCAACUAACUUAUGCUCAGUUUCCAUCUUUUUGGAGGUGGGAUGGAACAAACAAAUUCUGGUUUCGGAGAAAAAGAGGCAACUGUAUUGGCAGAAUUUCUUAUGUGCAUCCAUCUGCAGGAGAUAUAUACUACCUUAGAAUGUUAUUGUCCCAUGUUAAAGGCCGAACAAGCUUCACUGACAUUCGAACAAUUAAUGGAACUGUUUACCAAACAUUCAAAGAAGCGUGUAAUGCAAUGGGUUUAAUAGGCAAUGAUCGAGAAUGGCAUGAUGCUAUGCAGGAAGCGACAGAAUGGGCAACACCACAUGAGCUAAGAAAUUUAUUUGUAACAUUGAUAGUAUUCUGUGAGGUCAUAGAUGGUAAUAAAUUGUUGCAAGUAAAUCUAAACAGCAUGCAGGAAGAUGUAAUUUACAGACUUAGAAGCAGACUACAGAUGCAAAAUCUAACCAUAUCAGAUGAAGAGACUAAAAACCAAGUUUUGGUGGAGUUGGAGAGUCUAUUCAAAGGGACCGGAUCUUCGUUAGCUGAAAAUGGACUGCCAACACCUGCAAAUCAAGUUACACAGGAGAUUGGAAAUAGGAUGUUGAGAGAGGAAAUAUUACACAACACAUGUGAUCUUCAGAGUCAAAGUUCCAGCAUGAAGAAUCAGAUGAAUGAUGAACAAAGGAAAGCAUACAAUGCAGUUUUGGCAGCUGUUUACCAACAAUCUGGACGUCUAUUUUUUGUUUAUGGCCACGGUGGAACAGGGAAAACGUUUCUUUAUAAUUCAAUAAUAAGCAGGUUACGAUCAGAGGGAAGCAUUGUACUUGUUGUUGCAUCUUCAGGAAUAGCAUCUCUACUGUUGCCAGGAGGAAGAACAGCACACUCAAGAUUCAAAAUUCCAAUUGACAUUCAUGAAGAAUCAAGCUGUCACAUCAAGAAAGGCACACAAUUAGCAGAUCUUCUGAAUAAAACCAGCCUUAUUGUGUGGGAUGAGGCACCAAUGGCACAUAGGUUAUGCUUUGAAGCAUUAGAUAGGUCAAUGAAAGAUCUGUUUAACUCUGAUGAUAAUCCAACUGAUAAUCAGCCUUUUGGGGGAAAAGUUGUUUUGUUAGGCGGUGAUUUUCGGCAGAUUCUUCCUGUGGUUGUUAAGGGUUCAAGACAUGAUACAAUAAAGGCCUGUAUAACUUAG